AUGAAUGGCAACAACAAGGCGGCUGAUUACGAUGAAUCUUUCUCGCGCUUUCUUUAUAACAAGGACAGAGGAACAGUUCUUGGCAGAACGGCAAAAUCGUGGUGUCAAAUCACAGUUUUCUACAUCAUCUUUUAUACUUGCUUAGCGGCUUUCUGGAUUGCUUGCCUUGCAAUAUUCCUCAAUACGCUCGAUCCUAAAGUGCCACGUUUCUACGGAAAAGGCACAAUUAUCGGUAUCAAUCCUGGUAAGUCAUACAUGCUGCAUAUUAAUGCUCGAAUCGUAAUGCAUUAA